AAAUUCUAAAAGCGCUGCCGCCCAGAGGACCGGUAGCAGGUCGCUAUACUCCUAUCGACUUGCCACCAGUUCCUGUCGCAAAAGGCUCAGAUGGCACCCGGAGUCACUGCAGCGGCAAUGUCUUCGAAAUCGGAUGCUGUCGAUGCCAAGCGCCUUAAGCGCAGCCUGCUCGAAGAUAGCGACUCCGACUCAGACGACGGAGGGGCCCAGAUCGAGACAUCCGGUUUCAAGGUCAACGAGGAGUACGCCAAGCGCUUUGAGCACAACAAGAAGCGCGAGGAGAGACAUAGGUUAGAGGAAAAGUACAAAAAGGACGGCCGCGGCCUCCCCCAGGAUGAUGACGGUUCCGACGACGAGUCAUCUUCCUCAAACGAGACCGAGGAUGAGGAUGGGUUCCUCGCCACAGAGGACCUGGAUGCUCAGAUAUCAGCCACGUUGAACGCCAUCCGAAACAAGGACCCACGCGUCUACGACAAGAACGUCACCUUUGUCCAGUUACCCGACGACGAGGCCUUGGCCGCUAGCAAGGCUCCUAAGGAGAAGCCCGUGUUCCUGCGCGAUUACCAAAGGGAGAAGCUCUUGCGUGGCGACGCGGGUGCCUCUGACGACGAGGUCGAGGAUGACAAGCCCAAGACGUACACGCAAGAGCAGGACGACUUGAAGAAGUCAAUUCUCUCGGAGAUCAAGGCAACCAAGGAAGAGGACAGUUCCGGCGAAUCCGAUGACGAUGAUUUCAUGAAAGUCAAGAAACCGGAAAAGCCGGAUGCGAAUGGCUUACACCCGUCGAGGAAGGCGGCGAUCAAGGCGCCAGAACUGGACGUCACCAACGCCGACAAGGAUCCAGAAACAUUCCUCUCGAAUUUCAUGUCAUCCCGAGCCUGGAUUCCUGAAGAAGGCGGCAAGUGGAAGGCUUUCGAGUCUGAUGAGGGCGAGGGCGACGAUAUGGCGGACGAGUGGGAGCAGGCGUACAAUAUGCGGUUCGAGGAUCCCGCAAAGAGUAAUGAGGUCCUGAAAUCAUACGCUCGUGACUUUACCGCUGCGAGAUCGGUGCGCCGCGAGGAGAAGACGGGCAGGAAGCGCCAGAGAGAGAUUGAGCGGGAGAAGAAAGAGGAGGAGAAGCGCCAAAAACGCGAGGAAAAGGCCCGGCUGCGCAAACUGAAACUCGAGGAGACCGAGGAGAAACUGCGCAAGAUAAAGCAGGCCGCCGGUGCCGUUGGAAAGGAGCUCACAGAGCAGGAGUGGAUGCAGUUCCUCGAUGGCGCUUGGGAGAACGAAAGGUGGGAGGAAGAAAUGCAAAAGCGUUUUGGCGACGAGUACUACGCCAUGGAAGACGAUGCCGCCAAGUCCGAUGACGGAGACGAAGAGGAGGAAGGUUCCGGACAGGGCAAGAAGAAGAAGAAGGCGCCGAAGAAGCCUAAGUGGGACGACGACAUCGACAUCAAGGACAUCAUUCCCGAUUUUGAGGACGAGGAAGCCAAGCCCGCCGUCAGCCUAAGCGAUGAGGGCAGCCAGGGCGAGGAAGGGGACGAGCACGAAGAAUCGCGGCCGUUGAAGAAGCGUAAGACUGCGGACCACAAGCGCGCCCGCCUCGAGUCCCAAAAAGCGGCGCGCAAAGAGCGUCAGAAGCUCGAGGCCCUCGUUGACUCCAAGCUGGAGCUCGAGCACCACGACGUUUUCGGCUCAUCGUCCUCGGGCGGCAUGGCCUUCCGCUACCGCGAGACGUCACCCCAGUCGUUCGGCAUGACGCCGCGCGACAUCCUGCUCGCUCCGUCGGACAAGGACCUCAACGACUACGCCGGCCUCAAGAAGCUGGCGACGUUCCGCGACCAGGAGAAGAAGCGCAGGGACAAGAAGCGUCUCGGCAAGAAGGCCCGCCUCAGGGAAUGGCGGAGAGGCGUCUUCGGGAGGGAGUUUGAGCGCGAAGGCCCCACGUUUGGCUUCGAGCGCCUCCUCGCGGCGGAGGAGGGCGCCGCGGGGCCCGCGGCCGAGGGCAGCGCCUCCGCGUCGCACAAGCACGGCCAACAGCGCAAGCAAAAGACGACGGGCGAUGCCGCCGCCGAGGGCGAAGAGCAGAGCAACGUUGUCGGCGAGACGGGCGGGUCGCGCAAGAAGAGAAAGAGAUCCAAAGGGAAGAACAAGGUCACCGUCGACGCCUAGGCUUCUUAGAAAGGCUCUUCCUUCUCUUCUAAGAAUAGCGCUCGGGGUCCUGUAGCAUAGCACCGUCUCGCAUGUAGUCUUUCCGCCCUCCUUACUUUGGAAAGCCACCACUGAUACCAGAUGCUUUGCAUGUCUGCCUAGCACUCGUCGUUCACGGUGGCCUCUUCAAGCC